AUGCCUUCCUCUCAAUCCUUUGGCCGUGGAGCUCUUCGUGACUCCUGGCCACCUACUCAACUAAGAAUCGACCAUGGCGACUUUCACGAUGUCGACCUAUCCAACAUCGACCAAGACCCUCUCACUUACUUCCUCACGCCCACACCUGCCGCCGAUGCGGUUGAUGACGACGACAUGGAUUUCGACAUGGACUUUGACGCCGGCAUCGAGGACACCAAACACCCAGCGCCCAGCGUGAGAAGUGUCAGCCCAUCCAGCCUCGACGGCCUCAGCCUCCCGCCCCCUCGGCCACCAACACCACCCAAGUCGUCAUCGACUCCCGAGCUUGAGUUCGAUGGGUACCCCACGCCCGACGACAAGGAAGAUUACAUGCACCUUGCGGCCGCUGCAUUCAACCUGCCUGUUCUCCGCCUGAAGGACCUGACCAAGAAGCCCAAGAUGAGGUCUCGUCCGAGCAACAGCAACAGCAACAGCCGCCCAAGCAGCAGACUGGACAACUACAGGGACACCUCGACGGCUGAUUAUGAUCUGCCCCUGACGCCUUCUUCUCCGUCCUACAGCCACUUCGCCAACCGGGGUCGGCCAGUGACCCGGCCGAGUCCGCGAACCAUGACUAGACCAUUCCGUCGGUCGCCGCACUCUUGGCGUGAGCCCAGCCCGGAUGUCUGGGCUAUCGAGGAGGAGACGGACGACGAGCUUCACGACAGUGAGAUGGGUGACAGCCACCACACGGAGCAGAAGUAUGCUGGAGCCAGGAACAUUGAGUCGCCGUCGACGGCUUCGAAGGGAAAGAAGAGGGUUCGGUUUGCGCUGCCUUUUGAGCAGUGA